AUGACAUGAAAAUUAAAUCAUGAAAUAGCUGUCUAACUUUAAGCAAAUAGCAUGCCAUCCAUUGUCUGGGUGUUGCUUUUAGUAUUAUUCUCCUGUUGGUUCAUCACCAGGCUCCUGGCAUGGAUCCUUGUCUGGGUGUUCCAUCGCUACCUGAAGGUUGAACUGCGGGUCGGCAAGGUUGGAUUCUUCACAAUAAGAAAGAUUAAGAUAAUCCUAAAUCAGAAUACGACUUUAGACAUUGACCGAGUGUGGUGUUCAAGCAGCCUCAUCAACAAUGAAAUACGGAAGCCAAUUGCCCUCUGUCUUGGUGACGUGCGCCUACAGACAGAGGCCCAGGAUCCCUCAGUCACAGGAAUGGCAGUGGAGACCCCAGCACCUGCUUCAACAACUUCUGCUCCAAAGAAAAAGGCCAAAAUAGGUGCCAUCAUUUCAGUUCUCCAGUAUAUUGGUAUCCAUAUCUAUAAGGUCAAUGUGAUGCUGCUGAAGGUCCCUUUCCCAGAAUGCUUGUUCCAUAUUACCAUACAGGAGGUCGGCCUAGACUGUCCGGUCGAGGAGACGGGCCAAAGCUUGAUGCUGAAUGUACAGUCUGUCAGCUGUAAAGUUCUAAAGGAUCAAACAAGCCACCCGUGUAUUGCGGAGGUAUCGUUUAGUAAAACAGUCUUCAUGCACUUGGAGAGUGGUACAAUACUGCCACCAAAGAGUCUGAAGAUGAUUAUUGCUAAACCUCAAAUGAAGUUCACUGAAGGAUUCUUGGCCCAACUUCAGCAUCUCAGACAACAGAGGAAAAGGUCUCUCCCUGCUGUGAGUCUAGCUCAGAGUUCAAGAUCAUUGGAGGAGAAGUUGCAAAGUAUAUCGGGUUUCUUACCGAGGAAUAUUUUGUGGAAAAUCGAGAAUACUUCUGUGGUGAUAUGCAGGGAUUCCACCCCAAGCCCUGAUCUACUUCAGCAAGAAGAAGCACCUGAUUUGCCAACCAGAAAUCUCUCCGUCAGUAUCAAAUCAGUUCAACUGUCAGCCAAUCAGGAUGUGACGGAGACGUCACCAUUCUACGGCGACUGUGCUUUCACCUUGGUUGACUUCCAUACCAGUUCUCCACAAGCAAAGUUUGCCAUCCUCAACAGAAUUGAAGCUACUCUUAAGGUGCGCAGUGAUUUGCUAGAGCUUGGCUGCCAGGUCUACUCUGCCUACUUAGUCUACCACCACGAAGAGAUCCUCUAUUGGGCAGCUGUGCUGCGGAAGUUAAGCACUCCAAAACUUGAGAGAGAGACACAUGUCUCAACGGAGAGAUCGAGAACUGAGAGAAGAAACACAAUGACCGAGUUCCUCUCCAAUAAAACCAUCAAAGCAGACAUCCAAGUCUGGGAUCUGUCCACCUCUGUUGCCAUGGCAACCUGUAGUGGUUACGUGGGCGGCUUGAGGCACUCGCAGAUGACACUGAGCAUCCAACCUAGUGCAUCAGGCAUCGGCAGCUCAGUGGCUUACUGGAGGAACUGCAUAAUCCUAACUGACUUUCAGCUCGACACCCUCUACUGCAAGUUGGCUGAUUGCUCUGUUGCGGUGGAUCAACUGGAUGCUAAGCAACACCACUGGAACACACUGCUUUACCUUGGCUUGAUAAGCUGUAAUUUAAGGAAGAGUCACCAAGAUAUAAUGUUGGAUACAUCUCUACACGACUUGCAGUUCGAAUGGUCAACAACUGCUGUCAAUGUCGCUAUACAGCUCAUCACUGCUAUGAAGAAGACACAGCCAGCAGUACCAACAAUAAAGGAAGGGGACAUGCCAGUCUCCAGUCCCAAGUCGCCAGAACUGAAAUCAAUGAUGCAGUCAUAUUCUGUCCAGUUUAAAUGUUCAAAUGUCAAUGUGUUUGCCUGCAAUGCCAAGCGAGUCUGGUUACACCUCACGAUAAAUGAAAUCCGGCUGAACGGCUUGAAAGGAUUCUCCAGUUUGCCGUUACUAAUCUGUGAAGUCAAACUUGGCUACCUUGGCCAAUUGCCUGCACACAUGGAGUCUUAUCGAAUUCGAAAUUCAGCGGAAAUUGAGGGGUAUGUGGGACACUUGAAAGACAUUAAAGCCCACAUCAGAGGCGAACAAAGGGAGGUCUCCAUCACCCUGAAUGAAGAGGUCUAUGUGCAGUGGGAUACAAGCCUACAUAUGUGUUUCUAUCAAAUAAUGCAAGAUGUACUCGAGUUAAAGAAGAAGACAGUGGGAGUCUCAAAGAGAGAAGAGAAGUCUACUCCUAAACAGACAUCACUGGCGUCGAAACCUCCAAUAUGUAUUAAUGUAAAGAUGCGUGCCAAUGUGAUGUUGAGGGCUCUCUUAUCACGAGGUCACAAGGCGACAUUCAGCACACCAGAGUUCAGCGCUAGUGUACAAGGUUCAAAGAUCUCACUCUUCUCUGAUCAAUGCAGCAUUGCCUUUGAUGAACACGACAUAUUCCAAAUGCAGGGGGCAUCCAUAUAUACCAUGCAUCACAGUGAGGAACUCAAGCUUGAGAGGAUGACGUUCGAUCUGUUAGAACUACCCACAAACAAAGCGUGGGCAAUCACUUUUGACAAGUUCGGUAUCAUCUUCCCUUACAAAUACCACUUUUCAAAAUGUCUGUCAGAGGUUCUGGCCAUCAAGAAGUUCAUAAAGAUGUUACAUUUCAAGACUAAGAAACCGUUCACCAUUGACAGACCCUUACCACCAGAUAUCGUUAUCAGGGCUAAGACUGUCAGCAUCCAAGUUUGUGAUGAUCCAUUCGAGGUCAAGUUGGCUGAUAACUAUGCUCUACUUGUCGAUGAGUGCAGAGAGAGUGCCAAACGCAUUUCUGCAAUGGACAGGCGUAUCCAGGAUUUGAGAAAGCAACAUGGUUUACUACCGGCCAGCAAAGUGGAUGAACUGUAUUCAUCCCUGCACCAGCGGAACUCGGACAUCUAUGUGAAGCGGUCACUAGGACAGUAUACGACCCACCCACUGAGAACAGCCUUAUUCACGUGGAAGAUGGAUGCAUUUGAAUUGAUAGCAAUGGCUGAUCGAGCCUUCCAUGGAAAGGAAAACUGUGUCAAGCAUAUGAAGGAUAUUGACAAGGAUAGUCCCUAUCCAGAGGAGGGCCUCGAAUUCAACACCCUGUUCUGCCGCAUGAUCAACACGAGCGUGAAGACAUGGACGAUUAGCCUCCGUGACUACCCACAGCCGUUCUUUGACUACAAGGACAUGCAUGUCUGGGGACGGUUCAUGGCAGCAGAGCAGGAGGGCGCACCAAGAGCAAAGAGAGAAGCGACUGUUGAGAUUGCAAGUCCUUGGGAGGAUAUGAUUGUCAAAAAGAACAUGCCGGCUCUCAAGUUCUACCAUGACUUCAGCUGCGAUGUCGAGUCAAUCACUAUAGCCUAUGGUGCUGCGUGGGAACCAUGCAUAGCUCAGUUCAACCAUGCGUUGGACUUGAUCAACAAACCUUCCGUUGACCCCAGUCGUCCUAUGCCAUUCUGGGACAAGUUCCGUCUGCUGUUGCAUGGCCGCUUAACCAUGUCAAUCCAGCAGAUGAGUUGGCUCUACCAUGCUUCUCUUGAUCCUUAUAACAGGACUGAGUUCAUGGACUGGACUUGGAGUGACCUCAUACUGGACUGGACAAGUGCCAAGUUUGUCUUCAAGUGCAACUUCGACAUCUAUCUUCGAACAGCCUCAAAGUAUGAUGACUGUCGCUUAUUACACUUGCCCAAUCUUAGGUUCUGUAUCAACCUGCAGUGGUUGUGUCGAGGAGACCCGAUGGAUCACCAUUCUGUUAUGCCUUGUGCACCAGAUAAGAAACCUGAGUUUUCUCUUGAGCAAGAACAUGACUCCUAUCGAGCAUUCCGUUCCCAGAACCUGAACCUGUCGCUCAGCUACGAGACGAAGCCAUGUACAGAUGAGGAGGGAUUUGAUGAUAUCCCAUGCUGCCUCUUCUACGCCAGCACUCUCAGGUUCUUGGAGAAAAUUAAGAUGUGCAUGUUGAGGGUUAGCCGUCCAAUCAAACGUGGUAAAUUAUACAACACGAUCAAGCCUAAGAAGAGGGUGCUCAGCAGGCAUUACAAGAAUGUGACCCUCUCGCUCAACUUCCACAUGUGCCAAGUUUGUUACUGGGCGUCAUUUGCCAAGCAGCUGGGUAUGGAGAUGUUGGGUGAUAACUUCAACCUUGGUCUAGGCAUGCAUCUGGAAGUGAACCCUGUCUGUGAUACACUACUCAAGCGCCGUCCACAAUCCAGCUGGAGUAUCAAGAAGCUCAUCUGUGAGCUCCACGAGGCUCAGACAUGGCUCUGUAGCACGUUGUUAGGGGAACAGGAGGAUGUCCUCAACAAGUCCAUGCGAAAUCCGGUCAACCGAAGCUAUUUCCUGAGUGUUUCAAGGCUGCUCUAUGAAAGAGAAGAAGAGAAAGGUGAUGCACAGCAACCACUGGAAGCAGAACAAAGUCUUCAGGAAGAGGAGGAAGAGGGCAACCAAUUUUUCUUCAACUUUGCCUCCAACACGACAACCUUCUCUAACUUCAAAUGGAAUCAGUUGUCAAAAAACAAAGAACGUCCCACACAUCGUGUCCGCAUCUACGACCUCAAGGGAGCAUGGACGCUUAGCAACAGGAAUGUGAUAUUUGGUUUGUUUGAUGGCUAUCUGAAAGCAACGGCGUUGAAGAGAAGCCUCUCAUCUGAGGCGAUGAAGGGCUUCAAGGUGGAGGGAACUCAAACACCUAUGAAGGGCCGUACACAUUCUCUGACUGCUUCCUCACCAUGCAUAGCAACCCCAAGCCCACAGUCUCGUAUACAGCUAGGACACGCAUAUUCCCUACUGCAAAAACUUGUCUCUGAAACAGACAGCAAGUUUGUGGCGUUUACAGAAGAGCCCUCUGGUGGGAACAUGGAGCAACUACAUGGGGUUUCAGCGAGUCAGACGGAUGAUGUCCUCAAGAGGAACUGGUUGAUUGAGCUCCAUAACAGUCAGAUGAUGCUGAAAGGUUGUGAGACAGCCGGCUAUGUGAUUGUGAGUGCAUCCAAGGCACAGAUCUUGUCCUGCCAGCACCAAGCUGUCUGGAGGGACCGGCAGCUCAAGACAAAGACCACAUGGAUGGGAUCAGUUGAAUGCAUGCAGUACUAUGCAACCGUUGACGGUGGCCUAGACAAAGACUUUGAUGAUCCCGUGUGGCUGACAAUGGAGAAUAUCGAGGACAGGGCAGAGGAGGACUUUGAAGGCACGCCAGAGAUGGUUGGCAGCGGACAGAGUGUGGGUGGGGUGGUCACAAAGAUGAUAGGUGCAUCUGGAGAGGAAUGCACAGACAAUAACAGUGUCCAGUUACAGCGCAUCAUAUCACGGUGUAAAUGCCAGUUUUUCUAUGCGAGUUACGGCGAGGCAGAUCCUAACACACUUCCCGAGGUUCCACCACCACCGAGUGAAGAUGACAAAUAUCUCGAGAGGACGUUUGAAGAAGGAGUAGAUGCGUUUACCCUGCUCCACCAUGAUCUCAAUAUCUGUACUAACUCGCUUCAGUACGCUAUGGUCCUAGAUAUCGUCAACAACCUCCUCUUGUAUGUGGAACCCAAGAAGAAGCAAUUCACUGAGAAGCUCCAGAGCAGACGCUUCAAGCAGCAGUUGUCGAGUAUCGAGGACCAGAAGACGCCCAUUCUACAGAUGCAGGAGGAGUUGAGACAGAGCAUGGUCAAGCUACGACAGCUCGAGAGGGAUCUCUAUACUGCCCAUCGGAUACUCGAUGAGAACCCUUUUGCAGAGGGGCCCCUUCAGCAGUGUGAGGUUCUUGUCAACGCACUCAACGCCCUGAAAGAACAGGUGAACAAUGAAUCUGAGGAGCUCGGGAUCAUGAUCAGCUGCUUUAUGGAGAGCCAGCUUCAGAUCAAACACAAGAUGAAGGCGCAGAAUGCCAAACAAUCGCUAGUCGUGCGCCGUAAUGAAGUCUGUUUCAAACAUGCCCAGUGGAGACUUACAGAAUCCGAUGGACAGAUAGGCCUUGCUGACCUUGUGCUUAGAAACUUCUUAUAUUGUAAAAUCAACAACAACGAUGACUCUGGCUGCCAUCAGCUUGAGCUCGGAUGGGCAAAGAUGCAGAACCUGUUACCUAACUCUAUAUACAAGGAUGUGCUUGUCCCACAAGACCCUCUGGGUAAAGGUCACCUAGAGCGUCAGGUCGCACUUCGAAUCCUGUGUCGUGUCAAACCACCAGUAGGUGGCAUCUCGGUGAAAGAGCAUGUCGAAGUCAACGUUGUUCCCCUCACUAUUCAAAUGACUAAUCAGUUCUUCCGAACGCUCAUGAAAUUUUUCUUCCCGGGCCGAAAUGUCGAGGCAGAGGAUGAAAAACAUGAUGAACAGGCAUCUGGGAAGAGUAAAAAGAAGGAAGAUAGCAAGUCUGGCUUCAAGGCGUAUGUGCCGUUAGACACAGAUAUCGAUAAGAUGAAGGAACGCGCAGCCAGGAAUAAUACAUUCCUUUACGUGAAGAUUCCAGAAGUACCAAUGAAGAUCAGUUACAAGGGUGAGAAGGAGAAGAACAUCUCUGAUGUCCAUGACAUCGCCGUAGUCUUGCCUCCAGUUGAGUUUCAUAAUCAGACGUGGACUUGGUUGGAUAUGCUGCUAGCUAUCAAGAAUAACAGCAAGAAGGCUCUUCUCACUCAGGCGAUCAAGCAAAAGCUUCAUAUGAGGUCACGGAUGGGUGAUGACAUGGUCACUGACGUCCAACAGGAAGAGGACAAGGCCAAGAUGUUGUUGGGCGCCAAAUUACUGUCCGGCAGUGAAAAGCACUCGACUAAGAAGAAUCUCUUUGGUAAAACAGCCAAAUGAAUUCUAACAAAGAAGGGUGGAGAAUCGUGUUUUGUUCAGAAAAAAACUCUCAAAUCAUCCAGAUACACAAACAGCAUUGGACUAUAAUUAUGUGCUGAUUCUGAUGUGAGCCAAGAUAUGCCUCACAGAAUGCCAUAGAAACCUGUAACAUAAUGUCAAGAUGUCAUAGUAAGGUUGACGAUUUGACAAUCAUUGUAAAAUAACACUAAUGUACUGUUCUUUUGAUUGGGCCAUGUAGAACAGACUAAAUUAUAUUCAUGUAAAUACAACUGCUGUGUUUCUCAUUCCAUGCAACCCUCAGCCAGAACAUUAUCCUGGCCUGCCAGCCACACUGUCUCCAACUUACGGCCAUGAAACAGGUGACGCCUCAAGUAGAGAGGGUCCCAAGUGUCUUCAACUGACAACACUUCACUAUGGUAAAUUGGGACAUUGAAAUAUUUCAUCACGGUGAGCAUGGUAAAACCUACACUCCCCCAUAAAGUAUUGAGACAGUUUUGAACGUGUCGUAACUUGACAGUGGUUGUGGAGUAUUCUGUGCCCCAGCUGAUUGUGACAUUCUGUACAAUAAGGACUUGCCCCAGCUGAUUGUGACAUUCUGUACAAUAAGGACUUGCCCCAGCUGAUUGUGACGUUCUGUACAAUAAGGACUUGCCCCAGCUGAUGGUCGAGUUGAUUCUGACAGUGCUCGAUACGUUUGCCAGAGAACCACCAUGAUGACCUUUUCACUGGUGUUAGGCAUUCAGAACUUCAGGUUGAAAAAGAAGUUGUGC